AUGUUAAUAAGUGACAUUAAAGCAGCACUAAAAGUACUCGUUCUUUUUGUACCUUUGCCAAUGUUUUGGGCAUUGUAUGAUCAACAAGGUUCAACAUGGACAGAAAUGGCAAAUUACAUGGACUGUCAAAUUGGAAGUUUUCGUCUUGGUGCUGAUCAAAUGCAAAUAAUGGAUCCAAUACUGCUAGUUUGUUUUAUUGCAAUUUUUCAAACAUUUAUCUAUCCAAUGUUUGCUAAAGUUCGUCUUCUUGAUACACCACUUAAAAAAAUGACAACAGGUGGAUUUUUAGCAGCUGUUGCAUUUUUAAUAUCUGCUGUUGUUCAAUUCCAAUUGGAUACAACUUAUCCAGCUGUUCCAUCAACUGGCUUUGGACAAUUGAGAAUUAAAACAUUCAAUUAUACAGCUAACUUUGAAUCUUGUGGUAAUCCACGUACAUCUUCUGGUAAAGUUGAUGCUAUUGAAGGGCAAGCAUUAUCCUAUGUCAUUGAGCCAAAUAAUUAUUUGUACAAGUAUAAUGACAAUGUUAAGAAAACAAAAAAUAGUAGUCCAGCAAUGCGAGUACUUGUUUAUAAUUCAAAAAAUGAUAGUUCAACAAAUGUAACAAUGUACAAGAAUGGUCGAAGUGUUCAUGACUUUAAAAUAAAUGGCACAUUGGCUGAGACAGCACCAGCACAAGUAUCACAAAUUAAUGAAUUUGAAGCUGGAACAUAUCAGGUUUAUGUAAAUGGCCAAAUGUUAACAAAUGAAAUUAUCAUGAAGACUGGUGGUGUCUACACACUAAUUGUUGAUAUAGCUCAUGAUUCAAAAGAUCCAAGUGCCAAGUUGUUAACAAUAAGACCACCCAAUUCCAUGCAUGUAUUAUGGCUGAUACCACAAUAUAUUAUCCUGGCAAUGGCUGAGGUAUUGUUUGCUGUUACUGGACUUGAAUUUGCAUUUACCCAAGCACCAGGUACCAUGAAAUCGUUGCUACAAGCAUCCUGGGUUUUAACAACAGCCAUUGGAAAUUUGUUAGUGUCAGUAAUAAGUGCAUUUAAAUUAUUUAACAGCAAAGUUUAUGAAGCAUAUUUUUAUGUUGUUCUCAUGGUCAUUGCAAUGUCGGUGUUUACUUUGAUGACACGUUUUUAUGAGUAUGCUGAUUCUGGAAAGAUUGAAGAAACUGAAGAAAUUCAAAGUUCAUCAGAAGCCAAUGAUAAAAAAAAAGUAAAGUAG